CGAGAAAAGACCUCUCUCUUCCCCGUUGGGCCAAACUGUGAAGUGAACCCCCGCCGUUUCCCAUGGCCGACGAGAAGCAGCGCUCUCUCCGCCUCCUCUCCGCCUCCCCUUUCCCUCUCCCCCACGGGUUGCGAUUCUCGUAUGGGACCGCGGGGUUCCGAUCGGAUGGAGCGAUCCUAUCGUCGACGGUGUUCCGAGCUGGGAUCGUGGCGGCGCUGAGGGCGCUGAAGAGGGGAUCGGCGAUCGGGGUGAUGAUCACUGCCUCCCACAACCCCGUCGCCGACAACGGCGUCAAGAUCGCCGACCCCGACGGCGGCAUGAUGACCCAGACCUGGGAGCCCUUCGCCGACGCCCUCGCCAACGCCCCCGACCCUCAAACCCUCCUCCAGUUGGUUCUUGAGUUCGCAAAGGAUGAGAACAUCCCACUGGGGGGAGCACAGUCUGCGGAGAUAUUAUUGGGAAGAGACACGAGACCAUCUGGAGAAUUUCUCCUCGAAGCAGCAAAACAAGGAAUCACUGCCAUAAUUGGUGCUGCCACAAUUGAUAUGGGAAUUGUGACGACCCCGCAACUUCAUUGGAUGGUUAGGAGCAGGAAUAAUGGCUUGAAGGCAUCUGAAUCUGAUUAUUUUGCACAACUUGCAGAUUCCUUUAGGUGCUUGAUGGAUCUUGUCCCAAAUGAAGUAGAGAAAAAAGGGGUUGAUACGAAACUUAUUGUAGAUGGAGCAAAUGGCGUCGGUGGUGCAAAGCUUGAGGUUCUGAAGGAAAUGCUCAUGGGAGUAGAGAUUCACACGAGAAAUUCAGGCAAGGACGGAGAAGGAAUACUAAAUGAGAAGUGCGGUGCUGAUUAUGUGCAGAAGGAGAAAGUUGUUCCAUGUGGGUUUGGUUCUGACGAUGUAGGAGUAAGGUGCACGAGUUUGGACGGUGAUGCUGAUAGACUUGUGUAUUUCCAUGUCUUAUCAGCAAGUAACGAUAGGAUUGAUCUUGUUGAUGGAGACAAGAUAUUAUCCCUCUUCGCAAUAUUUAUCAAAGAGCAACUAAAGAUUCUUAAUGAUGAGAAGGAUGAUGGACUUAAGAAAGAAUUGCCUGCAAGGCUUGGCAUUGUUCAGACAGCGUAUGCAAAUGGAGCAUCAACAGACUACCUUAAGCAGAUGGGCCUCGAAGUGGUAUCCACUCCGACCGGAGUGAAAUAUUUGCACAAGAAAGCUUCAGAAUAUGACGUCGGUAUCUAUUUUGAGGCCAAUCGGCAUGGGACAAUACUAUUUUCAGAAAAUUUUAUAUCACUAUUGGAGUCUAGAAAUAAUGAACUUGCCUCUACAUCUUCAGGUUCUGAGCAUCACAAGGCUGCACAAAGAUUGUUGGCGGUCAGUCAACUGAUCAAUCAAGCUGUUGGAGAUGCUCUCAGUGGGCUGCUUUUAGUAGAGGCUAUUUUGCAAUCCAUGGGAUGGUCCUUCAAGAAGUGGAGUGAGCUUUACCAUGAUCUGCCUAGUAGACAGCUGAAGGUGAAAGUUGCAGAUCGGAGUGCUAUUAUUACAGCAAAUGCAGAGACCCAAGUUGUGAAGCCUUCUGGCUUGCAGGAGGCAAUAGACAUGGAGACCGCCAAGUAUACUCGUGGGCGGUGCUUUGUUCGGCCCUCUGGCACAGAGGACGUAGUACGUGUGUAUGCGGAGGGAACAACACAGGAAGCAGCUGAUAGCCUUGCCAAAUCUGUGGCAGAGCAUGUCACUCGCCUUCUUGGGGGUUGGGAACAAGCACAUCGAAAGAAGGAAAGGAGUACUUCCAAGAUAUUGACAAGCACAAGAAAGACUUUGUGUGGGUCGAUGAACAAGAUGGAGAUGCUAUUGAUUUAGCAUUUAGCAAGAAAAAGAUUGAGGCAAGGAAAAACUGGCUCCGCCAAUUUGAGCCGGGGACUUAUCUUGAUCAGAGGAUGAAGAAAAUCAAAUACAGUGAUUUUGUGAACAAAGAACUUAUACUAUUUUCCAUGGCUGAUUUGCAACGGUCAAUACCAUCAAUGGUUGAUGGCCUCAAACCAGGCCAGAG